GCUCCGUGCCCGCUCGGCGCUCGCCCGCUCGCUCGCGUUCCCCGGCGCCGGCUGCGGAGGGAGCUGCUCUGCCCGCAGCUGGCGCAGCGCGGGGGCAGCCGCGGGUGGGCGGGUGCCGCGGGCCCUGGCGCCGAGCAUGAGCCGCCGCCGGCGCUGGCCGCGCGCUGCUUGGGGCCCGACUGCGGCGCGAGGGCGGCGCGGGAGUGACGCUGGCCCGGACCGAGGAAACUAUGCCCCAGACAUCUGUCGUCUUCUCUAGCAUACUUGGGCCCAGCUGUAGCGGACAGGUGCAGCCUGGCAUGGGGGAGCGUGGAGGAGGGGCCAGCAGCGGCUCUGGGGACCUCAUCUUCCAAGAUGGACGCCUCAUCUCUGGGUCCCUGGAGGCCCUGAUGGAGCACCUUGUUCCCACGGUGGACUAUUACCCUGAUAGGACAUACAUCUUCACCUUUCUCUUGAGCUCCCGGGUCUUCAUGCCCCCUCAUGACCUGCUGGCCCGCGUGGGGCAGAUCUGCGUAGAGCAGAGGCAGCAGCUGGAGGCCGGGCCUGAAAAAGCCAAGCUGAAGUCCUUCUCAGCCAAGAUUGUGCAGCUCCUGAAGGAGUGGACGGAGGCCUUCCCCUAUGAUUUCCAGGAUGAGAAGGCCAUGGCCGAGCUGAAAGCUAUCACACACCGUGUCACCCAGUGCGACGAGGAGAAUGGCACAGUGAAGAAGGCCAUUGCCCAGAUGACCCAGAGCCUGCUGCUGUCCCUGGCUGCCCGGAGCCAGCUCCAGGAACUGCGAGAGAAGCUCCGGCCAUCGGCUGUAGACAAGGGGCCCAUCCUCAAGACCAAGCCACCUGCUGCCCAGAAGGACAUCCUGGGUGUGUGCUGUGACCCCCUGGUGCUGGCCCAGCAGCUGACUCACAUUGAGCUGGACAGGGUCAGCAGCAUUCACCCUGAGGACUUGAUGCAGAUUGUCAGCCACAUGGACUCCUUGGACAACCACAGGUGCCGAGGGGACCUGACCAAGACCUAUAGCCUGGAGGCCUACGACAACUGGUUCAACUGCCUGAGCAUGCUGGUGGCCACUGAAGUGUGCCGGGUGGUGAAGAAGAAGCACCGGACCCGGAUGUUGGAGUUCUUCAUUGAUGUGGCUCGGGAGUGCUUCAACAUCGGGAACUUCAACUCCAUGAUGGCCAUCAUCUCUGGCAUGAACCUCAGUCCUGUGGCGAGGCUGAAGAAAACCUGGUCCAAGGUCAAGACAGCCAAGUUUGAUGUCUUGGAGCAUCACAUGGACCCGUCCAGCAACUUCUGCAACUACCGCACAGCCCUGCAGGGGGCCACGCAGAGGUCCCAGAUGGCCAACAGCAGCCGUGAGAAGAUCGUCAUCCCUGUGUUCAACCUCUUCGUUAAGGACAUCUACUUCCUGCACAAAAUCCACACCAACCACCUGCCCAAUGGGCACAUUAACUUUAAGAAAUUUUGGGAGAUAUCCAGACAGAUCCAUGAGUUUAUGACAUGGACACAGGUAGAGUGUCCCUUCGAGAAGGACAAGAAGAUUCAGAGUUAUCUGCUCACGGCACCCAUCUACAGCGAGGAAGCUCUCUUCGUUGCCUCCUUUGAAAGUGAGGGUCCCGAGAACCACAUGGAAAAGGACAGCUGGAAGACCCUCAGGACCACCCUCCUCAACAGAGCCUGAGGCGGAUGCAGCCUGCGACGCCAGAGGAAGCACGUGUACUAACCGGGUUUAAAUCUUGACUGAUGUGGGUUGAGACGAGGAGGCCUCACUGGUUGGGGUCCAUUUUGUAUAUAACUUUUAUGAGAAAAAAUGGUAAUUAUUUCACGCAUCAACCUUUGGCACUUACAAAGUUUUUUUGUUUAUUUUAAAUAACAGGGCAGGGCCCUGCUUUGGGGAGGGGUACGGGAGAGUAUCAUGGGAGAUGGCAUCCAUGAUAACAUCUUAUUCUAAUGAAAUGUAGAUUUUUAUUUUCUACUUUUGAUUAUUAACAUCUUAUGAAAAAAAUAUUUUAAAAAACCCAACCAAAACCAACAUGAGCCCUGCCUGCUAGGACGCCUUUCCAGCCAGUGUCUCUGACGUCGGGGUUAGUGCCUUAGAGGGUACUGGGGUCUGGUCUUCCUGCUCCAUGGUUCGGGCUGCAGUGAGCCUCACUCAACCUGGGCACCUGCCCUCAGGAGCUUGGGCCACGAGGCUCUGCAGGAGGGCUGGUGGCUGGGAGGUUGCAUCUGCACGCUUCUGGAAGCGAGCCUUUGAGUACGGGCUAUCCAAAGUUUACAUUUUCAUUUUCCUUUCAGGGAUUUGUGGGGUCAGGGAGGGGCAGGGGGCACCUGGCAGCAUAUUUUCUGUGACAAUGUGUUCAGCAAAUCAUUCUUCAAUUACAUUUUAGAAAGGAGGAAAUCUAAAAUAAGGUAAGGGAGGGAAACAUGGAGUUGUCAGUUUUCUGGUCUGCAACUGAAAGACACACUGAGCUGUGAUGAAGAAAAAUACACGGGUGACUGCAGAGUGGUGACAUUUAGAGCUAGUCUUGAAACCCACCUACAGAGGGGAGGGCAGCCAAUAGCCCUCCUCCCACCUGAGUGGGCAGCGCCCCUAACUGGAGUCGGAAACACAGAAAAUUUGCCAGGCCAUACUGUUGGAGCCCAUUCAGAUAAAACUGCCCAAUGCUGGGAGGAGUUUUCCACACCCAGCUGGAGGAGCACACUCCAUUUUUCCACGUCUGACUUCCUGGUGUGAGCCCUGGGCCUUACUUACCAUGGUGCGGGACAGCUGUCCCUCAGAAAACGGGCAGUCCAUCCACUCGGACCAUCUCCUUCGCAGGAACUCCACACCCUCGUCCCUCUGCAUUCCCAGCUUCCGCAGGAGCCUGGGUGAGGACGGUCCAGGUCUCAAUUCCCAAGGCUCCUGGGAGAGCCUGAGGACACUGGGAGAGGCUAGGCCUGGGGAGGAGGCGGCCCUGGGCCCGCUGCCCAUGCCUCUGGCCCUGGGUGGAGAAGGAAUAGUUCCACUGUAUUGUCACAGUGUGUUUGCACUUUCCAAGGUUCUAGCUAGUACAGAUUGUAUAUUGAUAGUACAUAUUGCUUUGCUUAUGUCUUUGAGAUGAGAAAGGCUUAAAACUUGAGAAUAUAUAUUUGGAAUACAGCCUUAGAAUGGUUUCUGUACACAUCCACGUGCACUUCACAGAUGAUCAGUUCUAGUACCUACUUGAAACAGCGUCUAUGUCUGCCACUUUAUUUUUCCAAUUUGAUAACAUAUCCUGAUUUGAUGUUUUGGUAUUUGAAAUGAACUCUGGAGUAUGAAGCUGUACCAUAAUGUAGGAUGUCAGUUUUGGUGUGACUGGACAUACUUGCUUCAAUAAAAGAACAUGUCACUCCCCUC